UGACGUAUACUGUCUACGUAAACAACAUUCCGAUCCAACUCUACGUUUAUUGAGUGAAAGUUAUGUUAAUUUCUUUUAAACCUAAUAACAAUAAUGGUAGAUGAAAGUACCAGAAAAACUCUCAGCAGUAUACCUUUAUUGAAAACAAAGGCAGGACCGAGAGACAAAGAGCUAUGGGUGACUAGAUUAAAGGAAGAGUAUCAGGCUCUAAUUAAGUAUGUAGAGAACAACAAAGCUGCAGACAAUGACUGGUUUAGGUUAGAGUCUGACAAAACUGGCACAAGAUGGUUUGGCAAGUGUUGGUAUGUCCAUAACCUACUCAAAUAUGAGUUUGAUUUGGAAUUUGAUAUUCCUGUGACAUACCCAACAACAGCACCGGAAUUGGCACUUCCAGGCUUGGAUGGGAAGACAGCUAAAAUGUAUAGAGGUGGCAAAAUUUGUCUUACAGAUCAUUUCAAACCUCUAUGGGCCAGGAAUGUACCUAAAUUUGGUAUUGCACAUGCUAUGGCUUUAGGAUUGGGUCCUUGGCUGGCAGUUGAAAUUCCAGACUUGAUAGAAAAGGGAAUAGUUACUUAUCAAGAAAAAUCUGAGGAAGCUAAAUGACAGAUGUUAUGAUGUUUUGUACAGAAAUUACGUAAUAAAAAUAUGUAACAUGUUUUUGAUACUC